UCCACUUACUCGUCCCAAGCCGUUUCUUCUCUUUUUUAACACUUGUUCUCUAAUAACACAACAAAGGCAAAAGGCUCGAGCGACAGAGAUAGAUAGAGAUCUGAGAAGAAGUCUUUUAUCUUUGAGAUCCAAACUCUCGUUGACAAAGCAAAAUGGAGACUUUCCUAUUCACAUCCGAGUCUGUGAACGAGGGACACCCUGACAAGCUCUGUGACCAGAUCUCUGAUGCCGUCCUCGAUGCCUGCCUUGAACAAGACCCAGACAGCAAAGUUGCUUGCGAGACUUGUUCCAAGACCAACAUGGUCAUGGUCUUUGGCGAGAUCACCACCAAGGCCAAAGUUGACUACGAGAAGAUUGUCCGUGACACCUGUCGCGCCAUUGGAUUUGUCUCUGAUGAUGUCGGUCUUGAUGCUGACAACUGCAAAGUUCUUGUCAACAUUGAACAACAGAGCCCUGACAUUGCCCAAGGAGUUCACGGUCACUUCACCAAACGUCCAGAAGACAUUGGAGCCGGUGACCAAGGCCACAUGUUUGGUUAUGCCACUGAUGAAACCCCUGAGUUAAUGCCACUUAGUCAUGUUCUUGCCACCAAGCUCGGUGCUCGCCUUACAGAAGUCAGAAAGAAUGGUACUUGCGCCUGGCUAAGACCUGAUGGCAAAACACAAGUCACUGUUGAGUACUACAACGAUAAGGGUGCCAUGGUUCCAAUCCGUGUCCACACAGUCCUCAUCUCAACCCAACACGAUGAAACUGUGACCAACGACGAAAUCGCCCGUGACCUGAAGGAACAUGUCAUCAAGCCAGUCAUCCCAGACAAGUACCUAGACGAGAAAACCAUCUUCCACUUGAACCCAUCAGGCCGAUUCGUCAUUGGUGGACCCCAUGGAGACGCUGGUCUCACCGGGCGCAAGAUCAUCAUUGACACUUACGGUGGAUGGGGAGCUCACGGAGGUGGUGCUUUCUCAGGCAAAGACCCAACCAAGGUCGACAGAAGCGGAGCCUACAUUGUGAGACAAGCAGCUAAGAGCGUUGUGGCUAACGGAAUGGCUCGUAGGGCACUUGUUCAAGUCUCAUACGCCAUUGGAGUCCCUGAGCCAUUGUCUGUCUUUGUUGACACUUACGAGACUGGGUUGAUUCCAGACAAAGAGAUACUGAAGAUUGUGAAGGAGAGCUUCGAUUUCAGACCGGGAAUGAUGACGAUUAACCUUGACCUGAAGAGAGGAGGAAACGGAAGGUUCUUGAAAACUGCAGCAUACGGACACUUCGGAAGGGACGACCCUGACUUCACCUGGGAAGUAGUCAAGCCACUCAAGUGGGACAAACCUCAAGCUUAACUUUUACUACUCUGUUUCUAUUUUCAUCCCGCAAACCAAUUAUCCACUCUGUUUUUGUGUGUUUGCUUAUGUAUACUUUUUAUUUGAGCUAUUGAAAUUUGGUGUUUGUUUUUGUUCCAUGGGUUGCACUAAGUUUUAUGUGAUUCGUAUAUUGAUUAUACAUAGUUUUAUGUAUGUCAUCUUGUGUUUGUAAUAUUAUACUUAUGACU